CCGAACCCGGGUAUCUGGACCGCAGGCCGCCGCUCUAACCGCUGAGCCAAACCGACCAGGGCUCUGUGAGCUUCUUCAACCUGUAGGUGCUAAUGAAAUGUUUACCCUAAAGGUUUUGAUUUGUGGUGUGUUUUUCUUUGCAGGCCUCUGUGUGGCUUUUCCGUUUUAGUUGAAAUCCCCUCCAUGGCCUUUUGGAGGCCCUUGGUGUGUCUCCAGAGUGAAUUUCAAUCACUCUACGUUUCGUCCAUGUUGGAGUGGCAAGAAAAAGGAGGAACUGAUUUGGGGUGAAAAGGAGACUGAAGAAGAAAGAUCAGAGGACAUCAUACAAACAAAUCCUUUAUCAGAAACCAAAGAAAGGUCAGAAUAGUUAAGUUACCUGCUUAAAGGCAGUGUGUGUGAAUUGUCUCCAUGAACUGAGGUGGAGUUUUGGAAGCCACCCUUUACCACCUUGAAGUUAAACAUUCUGAAUCUGAGUCGGUGAUUCCGCUGCUGUUUUCUUGCCACCUCGGGUUGCCAUCGAUACCCUUAUGGUCUGGUUUCUUUCAGCGGGUAUAACGAACUGUAAACUUAAAAAAAAAAAGGGGGCAAGAUGGGUGAAAAGAAGCCAGAGCCCUUGGACUUCGUGAAGGACUUCCAGGAGUACCUGACCCAGCAGACCCAUCACGUGAACAUGAUCUCCGGAUCAGUGAGUGGGGACAAGGAAGCAGAGGCUCUUCAGGGAGCUGGAACAGAUGAUCAGAAUGGACUGGAUCACCCAUCUGUUGAAGUUUCCCUGGAUGAAAACUCAGGAAUGUUGGUGGAUGGGUUCGAGAGGACCUUCGAUGGGAAGCUCAAGUGUCGGUACUGCAACUACGCCAGCAAAGGGACAGCCCGGCUCAUCGAGCACAUCAGGAUCCACACAGGUGAAAAACCUCAUAGAUGUCAUUUAUGUCCAUUUGCAUCUGCUUAUGAGCGUCAUCUGGAAGCCCAUAUGCGUUCCCAUACGGGAGAGAAACCGUACAAAUGUGAAUUGUGUUCCUUCCGCUGCAGUGACCGAAGUAACUUGUCCCAUCAUCGAAGGCGCAAGCAUAAAAUGGUACCAAUUAAAGGUACGAGGUCUUCCUUAAGCAGCAAGAAAAUGUGGGGGGUUUUGCAGAAGAAAACGGGCAACCUGGGCUAUAGCAGAAGAGCACUAAUCAACUUAAGUCCCCCUUCCAUGGUGGUUCAGAAGCCAGACUACCUUAACGAUUUCACCCACGAGAUCCCAAACAUCCAGACGGACUCCUACGAGAGCAUGGCAAAAACCACGGCAGCGGGGGGCCUGCCGAGGGACCCCCAGGAGCUCCUGGUUGACAACCCUUUAAAUCAGCUCUCCACUCUAGCAGGACAGUUGUCCAGUUUGCCACCUGAAAACCAAGCCCCAGCGUCCCCUGACGUCGUGCCCUGCCCGGACGAGAAGCCUUUCGUGAUGCAGCAGCCCUCUGCCCAGGCCAUCGUGUCUGCUGUGCCGGCGGGGAUUCCCCCUGGCGCCUCCCCUGCCAGCCCCGAGCCUCGGCCCUCGCAGAGUCAGAGGAACUACAGCCCCGUGGCAGGUCCCAGCAGUGAGCCGAGCGCCCGCACCAGCACACCCAGCAUAGGGAACAGCCAGCCGAGCACUCCCGCACCGACCCUGCCAGUCCAGGACCCGCAGCUCCUGCACCACUGCCAGCACUGUGACAUGUACUUUGCCGACAACAUCCUCUACACCAUCCACAUGGGCUGCCACGGCUAUGAGAACCCUUUUCAGUGCAACAUCUGUGGGUGCAGGUGUAAGAACAAGUACGAUUUCGCCUGUCAUUUUGCACGAGGGCAGCACAACCAACACUGAUCGGAACAAUCACAUUGUUCUUUACUUGGCUUUGACUUCUUGUGUUUUGUAGUUUUGUUUAUUGUUGGGCUUUUUUGGGGGGGCCCAUCCCUAAUCCCUAAUAAGGUAUAUGCUAAUUUAAAGUUUAUACAUUAUAUUUAUAGAAAACAGAUUUGACAAUGGAAACAAUGUUUUCCUUUUUUUCAUAAAAGUCGGGCCAGGGUCAUUUAUAUGUUAGGAGGACUAGACACGUUGGUGUCCCUUUCCCUCUCAUUCAGACACUCAGUUGACGUGCAAUCUCUGUCGUACAGGUGUCCCCUAGAUGCUCUGCCGGUCCAUGUGGACAGCAGAGCUCGGAACUCGAUGCCGCCAUGGCUGUGUCGCAGCAAGACCUUGCUCCUGCACACUCAGAACGGUGGGAUAAGUUACGCUCCAGAGUGUGUUACAACUUGAUUGUUGAUAGAGGAACUGCUUUCAGAUUGCUCUUCGUUGAAAUACUACUUAGCUCACAUAGUUUAAACUGAAUUAGUAGUUUCAACUGAUCAUAGUAAGCUAUUUCAGUGCACAGUAAACCUUCCUUUUUCCAUAAGGGGAGAUGAAAAAUAGUUCAUUCUUUCUAAAUUAGAGUUAUAAAAAUUUGAGAGAAAAGUUCUGAAAAGAAAUGAAACCUAAGGAUUUACAUAGAAAACGGAGUUCGCUGUCUGAAAACCUGUUUAUUGCAUUUCUGGUUUGAAACAUCAGUUUUUUCAUUGGAUUCUUUUCAAUCUAGUUUAUUUGUAAAACCACAGGUAAAUCCAUAAGAAUGCUAGAAAUAUCAGAGGAUUGAUUAUCUAUGAAGAUGCCUUUUUAUUCUUUAAUUUGAACCUUAUAUUUAAAUCCUUCAUUCUGACGUUAUUACUGUCAGGUGAGGUUGAUAGUGAUACUAAGAGUCUGUUCUUCCCCCUGUUCCUUGAUGACCAAAGAGGUAAGUGGAAGUCACCCGUCUGGUUCCAGGAAACAGCCCUGAGCAGAACCCUCUGACACUCCUUUUCCUGCCCGGUGUCCAUUUGUUGUCCACAAUUCCCGCACAGGAAAUGUGAUGGUGAAGUGAUACUUUUAAAAAUGAGAACAUAUAUCCAGAACGAGUUCUGGUCUCUCUUCAGAAUUAGCCUUUUCAAACACGUUAUGUGGAGUCGAGUUGUGAGGCUCAUGCGCAGUCUCCAGUCCGCCCGUGCGGUGGCGAGCUGUGUGGGGCCUGCUGGGCGGGCGCCUUUGUAGGGAAGGUGUAAAACGAGAAUAGAGUACAUUUAAACAUCCUUCAUUGGUUUACAGAAAUAAGACUUGCUAAAUACAUCUAGAGUAAUUUUGAAUAGGAGGCUGUUGUUUAUAUAUUGUGUAAUAACUCGCUUACUUGGAGGCGAGCUUGGUCAAACAAUAAACUAUAUUGUUACUAACUGUUGGUUUCUGUGUUUGCAAACAUUUUAUUUUUAAUUUGGUUCAAAGCUUGAAAGUGUUACUAAUUGGCUUUGUAAAGAGAAUGUUCUAACAACUGAGCAUGUAUUAACCAAAUAGGACCACUACUCUUAGAGUAAAUAAAAGGGAAAUGUUGAUGAUUUAUGUCCACAAAACCCCUAAGUGCCAAGGUGAUGGAUCUUCUGCCCUUGCAAAUGCCAUAAAGCCAUUAAAUGAACUCUCGUGGUUUCAUAUCCAAUCAAACUCGGUUCAAAGCAGCAGCGCCUCGGAGUUUCCCAAUGGCCAUGCCUCCCCUCCCCUCCCCGUCCAAGACGAGGCGCCUGCAUCUGCAGGUCUCGGGCCUCGCCGGGCUGGACACGCCCCUGCUCGUGCCCAUGUCGGUGCAGCCAUCUCCAGUGGACACCUGCCCAGUGCCGGUUCAUUCCCAGACAGGAGGAGGUUGCUGUCGUUUGGAAGCUUUUAUCUCCCCUCUCACUUUUAUUCUUCAAACAAAAGCAAUAUGCAAAACAGAAAAUGCAAGUUUUCAUUAAAUGAAAGGAGCUCUUGUUAAAACCAGUUUAUUAUAUUCUGAGCCAAAUAGUGACAAAUACAUUUUUUUCCUGACAACUAAAGAUGUUUUGAAGGUGCAUUUUAACUUACACGUACUUUUUUCAUAAUUACAAACUAGAACGUGUGAUUCUCAUUUUCAUGACUUACAGUUGGUAUCCCAAAGGGGUUGAGGCGCGAGAGCUGUGAUUCCCUCUAAAUGCACUAACGUUUUUGAAGCAAAUCAACCGUAGAAAGUUUUUUAGUAUUGUAUUUUUUAAAAGAUUGAGAAUUUUACUUAAAUAUUCUGUGAGUUAAAUGUAUCUUCCACUAAGUAUUUGAAUAUAUUUAUCCCAUUUUAUUUUUAACCAACUAUUUUGUAGAAAUGAGUUGUUGGGGAAAGUUGAACAUGCAGUAUUUAUAGUACUUUGCUGGUAACAGGCAAUUCUCUGAACCAAAAUUUAAUUUGUUCCGUGAACAUGUUUAGACUCUUCAAGUUGGUAGAUAAUUUAUCUCCACUAAUAUUUUUUUAAGAAACUGUGAAGAAAUUAAUAGGGAGUAACUUUAUUUCAGAUUUUACUAAUGUAGUUACAUACUCCUUGAAAUUCAAGUAAAGGCUAAACUUUUACUUUGAAAAAGUUCCAUUGGGUAUUUUCUAGUGCUAUUUCAUUUUAGAAAUAAAGGUUUACCAUUCAUCUGCAGAAUUGUUGGACAAAGGGACUAUUGCUUUAAAAAAAAAAUGUUCAGACAUAAACCUCAUUUUAAGUUCUACAAAAAUAUUUAUCAAAUGGGCAUUAUUUAAAAAAAUUCCCUAAGGAUUCUUUUCAUUUAAUAGUCUUAACGGAUAUAUGAUUUCUACAACUUGUUUUUGUUAAUAUGUACUUUGAUGCAAAGAACAUAUUUUGUAUGCAAAACAAGAUGAUUAUGGCUGCAAAAACUAUGUUUAGGGUUCCAGAAAGAUUUGAUGCUGAAGUGACCGUACCCAUUAUGUGUUGUUAUGAAAGAAGCUUUGCUCUUG